AUGGCGUAUGAGACCGAAAAGCCCCUGAAGCCCAAGAACGUUUACAUUGUUGGCGCCCACUGUACAGGCAAGACCACCCUGAUCGAUGCCCUGAAGGAGCACUUUACCCCAGCUCUCUGCACCGAGAUUUUCGGCACAAAGACAAUGCACCCUUACUUCCUCGACGAGGUCGUCCGAUUGAUCAUGGAGCUCGAAAAGCGCACCGCCGACCAGGUCCGCGAUCCGAUCGAGGGCUUCAAGCUGCAGGCACACACCCUUGGCACCCAGUUCCAGUUCGAGACCGUGUUCAACGAGCUCUGGUUGCUUUCUGACAGAUCCGGAAUUGACCCUAUCGUCUACGCUCACUUUUUCCUGGGAAGCGAGGCAUCGGACAGACUCGUUGCUAUGGAAGAAUGGGACAUCCUCCGCACAAAGAUGAAAGACGGCCUCGUCAUCCUCUGUGAACCUACCAAUGCUUGCUGGCUCUCGACUGACCCCGUGAGAGUUGCCCUUCACGAUCUUGAGGAAUGGAGAGCUCUCGGAAACGCCUUCAAGGACUGGCUCGACGCGCAGGGUAUCAGAUACGUGCCCAUCCCUGCCGACCUGGAGAAACUGGAAUGGCGUGUGCAGUUUGUCGAGGGUCUUAUCAGGUCUGGAAUUUGA